AUGGUUUCCACUCGGGCCAAUCGGGGUUCUCAAAGUUCUGCUCCCCCAACCCAAACCACGUCCACCACAACCAAGACCACAACAAAGAAGUCCAAAAGAAAACGAACCCGUACAACUAAAGGUCUCACUACUUCGGAUUCGGAGCAUACUCAAGAUGACAUCAACGGAAACGGUCAAAAGGAAGUUGACACUCGUGAUGAAGAAACUGAAGAGGAAUCGAAUCGCUUAGAAUCAAUUGCUUUCCGGUCUCGUUUUCCUGGAUUCGAGAUUGAUAAAUUUGAGGAGAAGAGGAAAGACUGGACACUCAUUGCCCUUCGCCAAGCAAUCGCCAAACAGAAUUCAAAGACCAGUAAGGCCCCGCAAGAGAUCAAGUCUUUAGUUUUGAGUAUCCGGAUGGAGUAUGAGAAACGAAUGCUAAUGGCUGCCCUCAUGGGUGGAGUGCCUGAGAUCGUGGUGUGGAACAUUGUGGGCAAAGGUGCAAAGAAAGGCCACGCGAACCCUUGGAUCCGUUUCUUAGCAUUUUGCCAUCAAUCGCUAGGAGAGAAACUACCUGAACCGGGUGACAAAGACGGGUGGACUAAUCGUAAUAAAAAAUCUGCCAGCAAUUGGAAAAAGCUUAGCAAGCAUGAAAAGGAUGUUUUUCGAGAUCCGUAUUUUUUUGCGUUAGCGAAUCUACCUGAUCUUUCUAACGUGCCAUUUGCGGAUGAAAACGAGAUCAAUGAAGACGAGACUGACCUCCAACACCUCGAAGAAUCGGCACCCACUCCUUCCGUCCACAAACUGACUGACGAACAGAAAAGUCUAUAUCAGCCUUUGUUUGACAAACUCGUGGACAUUGAAAAGCUUCAAUCAGUUUACGGUAAGCCAACUCCUUCGAGUUCUGUAGCUACUGUACAGAAAAAGUCCCUAGCUGCUUUGCGAAAAGCUCAUCACGCCCAAUAUCAAAUUACUUAUUACUUAGCAGCUGUUAGCUGUGGAUCCACCGAAGGGUGGACACAAGUCUUUUCUAAUAAUCCGUCAUUCGCAAACUGGUCAUCAAAAGAAGCCAAAGUGCCACAGACUUUGUCUUCUUACAUUCAUGGCAAGUCUGCAGUACAAACAGUCGAGGGCAGCAAGGUUCAGCAACCGAGUGACGAGCGUAGAACUCGUCUUGGGAGGAUACUCAACAAACUUGUUGAAUGUUACCCUCUUGUGACAGAUGAUGUGUACAAAGGAGGCAAAUUCCCGAAAAGCGAUGACCCGGAAGGCGAGUUGAAGAAAAGGGCUUUGCCCAUUCGUGUUGUGCAAAAGGCAGGUAGUGUUAUGUCAAAAGAGGAACUCGAGGUAGGACAUCGUAAGAUCAAAGAUGCUACGGUCAAGUCCUGGCUUAAGGACAUUGAGAACGGGAACUUUGUAAUCGAACGCAUCCCCCAUUCCGAGACAACCAAUUCGAAUUCAUGUCAACAACGCUCGUCUGAAAAGUCAACAAAGAGAAAACAAUCAUCAUCUAAUCAAAACCGCUCUGAAGAAGAUGAUGACGCGGAUCUAAAUCCACCUACAAACCCGAAGAGAUCUCGAGUUGUAAUUCCUUCUGACGACGAAGAUGCAGAAGAAGAUCAAAAUGGUUCAAAUCAAGUUGUAAAAUCGAAAGGAGGUGCAAAUGCCGAACAAGGAGGAGGUCGUCAACCACCUGGGUCACCCGAGCUCGAGAACCGAUGUGCCGAAAUGGAUAGUUCGUUCUCCUUACCAAACAAUGGAUGUGGUAUUGAAUGA